UUUUUUCCAUUAAUUUUUUUUCCUUUGUUAAAUUGAACUCGAGAAGAGGUGUUAGGAUAAAACCAAUGUUCCGGACUUUAGACGUAGCGAUGGUUGCUGACUGUUUUCCUUUACCUGAGGCUUUUUCCUAUCUCAAUAUUAGGCCGUUGAGUACUUAAUCUUAAUGUAUCUCUCACACAAGCUCUUUGCUUAUUGGUUAGUUGUGUCAUCCGAACGACUAAAUACAUGAUUUACCUAUCACAUAAUAAACUUGGAAUUGUUCGAGCCAACUAGAGUUGUCCGAUUUCAGUUUUGUAGGGUUUGGAAUAAAAUACUUUUUCGGUAACUAAAAAUCUCCCUGCCCUAUCACAAAGAAUCCAACGGUUUAGAUAGCAUCCACAUAAGAAUACCCACGGUAAAAGCUCCCGGGCAGACACAGGAUAAUAUCCAUAGCCUAGUCGCCAUCGACAAUCAGAGAUCUAUUAAUAUUGUGACAUUUUCCUUUUCUUGAUCUUGACAGCCUGCGUAUUAUAACAUCUUCAUGAUCUUUUUUGGGUCUCUUUCCUCGAUUGUCGAUCGACAAAAUCCAGAGAAGUGCACACCAACUGUUUGUCUUUUUUGCUUCACUCGCCAGACUUCGAUUUGACGUUUCAUCUUGUUUGUUUUUUUAUGAUAAAAAUGACUAUGUCUGCUGACGACAUCUUCCGAGUUCUCGAGGCUGAUCUGGAGUUUGUUUCCGGUCAUGAACUCAAGGCGAUGACAUCUCUAGUUGGAGGAGUGUAUGGCGUAAAUCCACCGAUGUCUUGUAAGUCGAGUUCUUUUGAUGCUUUACAAGAGGUUAUGGAGGUGCCAAAGACCAAGAGACUGAAACUGUCUGCUAUGGAGGACGCCGGUGGUUACUCGGAUGGGCAGCAGAAGGUAUCGCAUAUCACGGUGGAGAGGAACCGAAGGAAACAGAUGAACGAAAACUUGUCUGUUCUCCGUUCACUUAUGCCUUGCUUCUAUGUCAAAAGGGGUGAUCAAGCAUCAAUAAUCGAAGGAGUAGUUGAUUACAUCACAGAAUUGCAACAAAUUCUACAAUCCCUAGAGGCCAAAAAACAAAGAAAAGUUUACAGUGAAGUUUUGAGCCCUAGGCUUGUUUCAAGCCCCAGGGCCUUAUCUCUCAGCCCCCAGAAACCGCAUCUUAGCCCUAGGCCAAGCCUGCCGAUUAGCCCCACAACCCCACAACCAUACAUGUCCAGGCUGCCGCCACCUUCACCUUCACCUUCAACUACUUUCUUAACUUCUGACAGUGCUAAUGAGCUCGUUGCUGCAAAUUCAAGGUCAGCCAUGGCUGAAGUUGAGGUCAAGUUGAUGGGUGGUAAUCUUCUUCUAAAGACUUGCUCAAAGCGGGUACAAGGCCAAACGACGAAAGUAAUAGCGGUUCUUGAAAAGCUAGCUCUUGAAGUUCUUCAGGCUAACAUUAGUAUUGUUGAUGAAGCCAUGGUUCACACCUUUACGAUCAAGAUUGGAGUUGACUGCCAACUAAGUGCAGAAGAACUUGCUGAACACAUUCAACACACAUUCGGCUAAUCGUUACCUACCUAGUUGGUUUCAGGUCUCGUGAUGGUAAUCUUAUUUUGAGAUCACCACCUGAUAUGUGUCAUGUUAUAUCCAAUGCAAUGUGUAUGAUAUCCAAACAAUUACGAAGGCUAGAAAACAAGAAAAGUCCAUCACCCAAUAAUAUAGUUAGAGCUUGUUGAUUAGUUUAUUAACUUCUGUAUUGAUCAUCCCCAACUUUUGUAGUAAUAUUGGUGUUCGAACCUUAAGAGUUUUGACAUUGGUUGCCAA